GACCCACGGACGUAACGUAGACACUGCUAGCAGUGUUUGAAGAUGGCCCUGAACUAUGUGACCAUCUCCGCCAGCGAUCAAGGGAUCAGGGUGACCCACCGCACUAACCACGGCGAUCUCGGCCAGUCAGCUUUAGCGUUGGCGAUGGUCGCUGGAGACAGCUUCCUCGUUGGCAGGCCUGAGCGGCUUUAUCCCGGAACUCGGCCGGCGGUGCGACUGAGCGUUCAGACCGAGGCCCGUCGAAUGCCUGGUGGCCAGAAUCCGACCCGUCCUAUAAGGGGAAGAGAACUAGAGGGUGGGAGACGAAUUGGCCCAAGCGGAUUCUCACUUUAUCUAAUCCCUAGAGUCGACUCAGUCUGUUAAGUGUGCUGCAGCAGCAUCUGAUUGCAUUUGGAAGGGUCUCAACUCGAAUUUCAGCUUAAAACGAAUGCCCCGACCCCCCGACUUAGCUUGUGAACAGGGCUGCUGUAAAGUCACUUGGUGUAACUGUAGUUUUAUUUUUAGAACGAUAUAUUUUUACUUUAAUAUGAAAAUAUGUAUGUAAGCGGUUGUAAUACAACCUAACUCAAAGGAAAACUUUACUCUUAAUCUCAGUGUAUCUAGAGUGAUAGCUCAGGGAGGAUAUAGAAAGGAUUUUCUUUUUAGCUGGGCAACAAUUCUUUAAUUCAUCUUUUGUUCACCCCUUUCCCUCUCUAGUGAUUCCCUUUCUUAGAAACUUGUAAUUAGAGCUUCCUUCCAUAGCUGCCUUCCUCUUUACCUCAGACUCUUCCUUGUAACUUGUAUUGGUGAAAAAAGACAUGCUCCUUUUUAUUAAACUGGCUUAUUCUUCCAUUUUUUCCCCAGCACUUAACAUCUUUCAUUCCCUCCUUCACAUUUUAUAUCUUAGGGACUACCUACAAACUUCUAUCUCGGUCGUUACUUUAAAAACUUAAACCUUAAUACUCUUACGUUAUUCCUUUGCGAAAUGAUAUUGAAAGAAAGUGAGCUUAAAGUGCCAAUUCUUUGUUUAAGCAAGUAGACUAGGUUUUUUCCCAGUAAGCUUCUGUCUGUGUAGACUUCCUUAAAAUAACUGCUCAAAUAAAAUUGCUGUACUUACACAGUAUCUAAAAGUUAGAAUCACAUCUUAAGGAGAUAAACUGGAGCACUUAUAUAAUAGAGCCCUAGUGAGAAACUAGGUCAUAAGGAUGACUGAGAGUAAUAUUAGCUCCUAUUUAUUAUUGUGCCUAGGAGCUAUCAUUCAUUGUUUGUUGAGAUUACUGAGGAUUUAUUCUGGGCCUACUAACUGUCUAUAUUAAGCACAUGGGAUAAAGUAGUGAACAAGAUAGAUAAGGUCCCUGGUCCUAAUUAAUGGAGCUCUUUGUAUACUACUAAAUUCUCAUAGAGGUCCAUUUUCUUUCUGAGAAACAGUCCAAAAGAGGUGAAGUAAAUUUUCCAGGUCAGACAACUAGGAAAUAGUAAAGCCUUACAGCCUUUCAACCAAGGUUCCUCAUCUGAACCAUGCAGCAUAAAUAAUUUGAAUUUUUCUGAAGAUAAUAUGUAAGACUAUUCCAGAUACCUAAAAAAUUAGCUCAUAAUAUACAGUGCAUGCCUUUGGCUGAGCAUUAUGAAAACUCAUGGUUGAGAAAGUAACACCAAUAUAUGUGUACUAUAAAUUUUUUUUUUUUCUUUUUGAGAUAGAAUCUUGGUAUGUAGUUUAGGCUGGCCUUGAACUAUGUAGCCCAGGCUGGUCAAAACUCAUGGCAGUCCUCCUGCUUCAGCCUCCGGAGUGCUGGGAUUACAGGGAUGUGCCACCACUCCCAGCUGCCGUAAGUUUUGGAUUGGGCAAGAGUAAUAAAAUUAAAUCUCAAAGUAGGGAGAACUUUUUUUUUUUUGGUACCGAGGAUCAAACUGGGGUCCUUGCGCUUGUGCAGCAGGCAGUGAAACCACUGAGCUAAAUCCCCAGCCAAUAGGGAGAACUUUCUUAAAAAUUUAGAAAUGCCUAAGAGUGGAAAAUACCCACUCAGGUACUAAAUUAGCUGCCAGAAAGUUCAAAUAUAGGCUAAAUUCUGUCAAGGAUUUUAUCAAAGGAACAAUGCGAAACAGAACUACAUAGCCAGGUGUGGUGGCGCACACCUGUAAUACCUAUGACUUCUUACAACCUAUAUCUUAUCCUAUGUUGAUUGCAAAGUUACAAAGUCCUGCUCUGUGUAUCUUCACAAUGUAUUUCUAUUACAUUCCUAUAAUCUCUCUAUCACCUGACCUGUAUUUACCUGAACAUACAGCCUCGUUUUUGAUUUGUUUGGUUUUUGGCUUUGCCUCUCUACCUUUUUCCUAAAUAUAAAUUGCCCCCAGAGUAGGAUUCACAAGCAUAUCUCUGACCACAUAGCUACUACUGUUUUACAGAGCCUCCACUGCAAUACGGUACAAGAUAGUCCUUUGAAAAAGAGUAAAUUUGACAAGUGAUAUGUUUUAUCACCUUCUAAGGGAGUCAUAAUGUGUAAUAGCAUGUUAAAGUUUCUGAUAACUUUAUUUUAACCAGUGUUCCACAAGUUAAUUUAUCCGUAUCUUUAAAAUUUUACACAUUACCUUUCUUCAUGAAAAGGCCAUCUUCUGCAGAAACAUAAAUGCUGUCUUUUAAGUGAGACCCAGUUUUUCAGACACUAGAAAUUGAUUUUUGUAUAAUGUGGCAGAUUAAGUUUCCAGAGUGUUGUUAGACACCCAUGGUUUGACAGGGUUCAGCUCCAUCUUUUCUGCACAUGCUACUCAUCAUUGUCCAAACAGUGAGUGAGAAGGAGCCAAAUAUGCAGCUGCAGAUUCCCUAGGCACUAAUGAGGCUGACAUUUUUGCUAACAACCCUGUAGAAACAUGAGAUAUACAUGUAAGUGCAAUUAUUUUUCAAGUAGGCUAAUGAUUUUCUUUUUUUUUUUUUUUUGAAACGUGUGUUUUAUUUUCCAUCAACCUCGUUUCCAUAGGCUAAUGAUUUUCUUUAAAAUUUUUGCUUUAAAAAAGUAAUGGUUUGCUUAGCUCCUUAUUUCACUAGAAUAUCUGAAGAUAGCUCCACUUUAAAAGGUGCAGUGGUGCCUCAGUAAACAUGCUUUUGUUUGCAAACGGUUUGAUUCACAAACAGAAGCAUUUGGCAAAAUUUUGUUUUUGUUUGCAAACUCUGUGUCGAGUGACAAAACUGUGGCCAUCUUUUCCAGAAUCAUAGAACAAACUAAGGUUAUGAACCAAGGUACCACUGUAGUUCUAAAUCAGAAGAGAAAAAUAAUUACAUUUAGCUUCCCAAAAACCUGAGUCACUGAAGCCGUGUAACUAAUAAAUUGCACGUUCCAUAAACAGACAUUUAAGACUUUUCAUCAUUUGACCAAGUGACAUUGUCAGCCUUUUCUCUUGCCCAUAAUUCCCCCAGAUAUUUGCUGCUCUCUUCAGCUUCAUGCCUAGGUCUACUCUAGUCCUCAUAACUAAAUAGCUUGUCCUCAUUUUUCUGCCAGUCAAACUUACCCAUCUAGAUCAGUCAAGGCUCUUUACACUGCAAAAAACAUGCCCAUUUUAAAGCAGAUUAAGCCAGAAAUUGACGAUUAAUUCACAGGGUUGGGAAAUUGUGGUGACCAUUUGAUAUUUCAUCUAUCUAGCAACUGUUUAUCCUCCAUAUAAUAGCACCUUGGUUUUUCUUUUUCUUGAUCCCUCCCCCUUCACUGUGUUCAAGUACUUGAACCUAGCUAGUUUUAUGUCUAGCUGCAGGGAUAGAAGUAUAUAAUCUAUAUCUUAUUUCCCUCAAUAUGCUGAAAUUUUCUGAGGGCAGACAAUAUGUCUAAAUUAUCUUUAUUUAUACCUAUGAAGUGUCCAAAGAAUAGAUGUUUAAUGAAUGCUUGUUGAAUGAAUGAAUAAAGUUUACAGAAAGGCUAUCUUUCUUUGGAAUCAAAAUUUUUAAAAAUGGAAUAUUUCAGGAAGGCAAGGGCAGGAAUUGUAUAGUUUCUAGGGUCUAAAAUGAUCUACUUGCUUGGACAAAAUAAUAAAAAUAAAUUUUGCUUAAUAAUUUGCUUCAAUUUGCAAUUAAACUACCUAUUAAUCCUCACAACCAUCCUAUGAUCAAGGUGGCAAACUUUUUUGGUAAAGAUCCAACAAGUUCGUAUUUUAGACUUUGUGAUUCAAGAGGGAAAAUAAGGCCAAAUAAGUACUUACG